UGAGAGGUUAUUAUCGGCAACAUGGCAUGUGAACUAUAAACAAUAUAAAUUAGUUUAAUGCAGUAGUUAUUGCACUUAAUAUAUAAUAUCUUGCUAAGUUAAAGCAUAUAUAUGACUUCCAAGCCAUGUUUGUGUUGGCAGAACUGAAGGACAACGUCCGCAUUGGACCGGACCAAUUUAAUUUGAAGCUUGUUGAUGCUGUGCGCGAUGAAAUUGACCGCAAACUUGCAAAUAAGGUGCUGUUAAAUGUUGGUCUGUGCAUAGCCCUCAAAGAGAUUGUCUCACUGAAGGACUCUAUUAUAUUGCCCGGCGACGGUGCCUCACACACCGAAGUUCUGUUUCGCUAUGUUGUGUUUCGUCCAAUGGUUGGCACAGUUAUCACCGGUAAAAUACGCAACUGCAGUCGCGAGGGAGUGCACGUGACAUUGGGCUUCUUCGAUGACAUACUUAUUCCGCAUGCGGCACUGCAACAUCCGUCGCGUUUCGAUGAAGCGGAGCAAGCUUGGGUUUGGGAAUAUCCCUUAGAGGAUGGUGCUAAACAUGAUCUAUUCAUGGAUGUUGGUGAGCCCAUUAAGUUCCGUGUUUCCCGCGAAAUAUUCGAAGAAACAUCGCCAAUUGGCCCGCCCAAAACAGAGGGUCAAUCCUCGCAAGGUGCUGGCACCUCCGCAGCAGCAGCAGCUGCCGCUUCAGCAGCAUCUCAGGAAGUGAAAGCACCCUAUAAAAUCAUUGGAGCUAUUAAUGAGUCUGGAUUAGGUGUGCUCUCCUGGUGGGAUCAGCAGGGCAAAGAUGACGAAGAGGAGGAAGAUGGUGAGGAUAAUGCAGAAUAUGACGAUGAGGAUGGCGAGGGUGCCUGUGAGGAAUAACAGGCAAUUAAAUCUCGCCAUUG